AUGCUCUCUAACAUUUUUUUCCUUUUUCAGGUACAGCACAGCAUCAGAGACUUCCGGAAAGUUAUUCACUACAGAAGUAUAGGCUAAAUGGAUUAGUAUUUAAUUUGCCUAGUCUGACAAUCAUCAUUGUGAAGUGAAGAAACACUAAAAAGUACCCCCCCCCCCCCCCAAAAAAAAAGUCUUGUCAUUCUGAUAACAAAAAUCACUUAUGAAAUUUGCUUAGAUAUCUAGCAUUUAAAGUGUUCUGAAAAAAAUUAUUUUUAAUUAAAGUGCUAAUGUAAGGUAGCCAAACUUAGCUGACUAUAGUUCAGUUUGCGGUCAUAAUCUGGUUACCAAAAACUGUCGUACGUAUUGUACUUUCCAUUAAAUAGCAAUCAAUUCAAAACUGGUCAGUGUGUAUUUGCAAGAAACGCAACUUGGCUGGAUUUGUGCUGUAGCUACCUGUCAUCUUCAAAAAAUGGUUGCUCCGCAUGACACAGGUGACCUGGUACGAUCUUUAGUCCGUGUCCCAGGCAGUGGCUCAGAUAGAGCUGCUGGUUCAGUUUGCUUUGACUUGGGCCGAACAUCCACCUUGGCUGCAGCAGUCCCUGUGUCUCCAGAAUUACCCUCAGCUCUGACAGGAACUAGGACUACAAAGCCAACAGAAGCAAACACUUCUUCGCAAAAUCAACAGAAUGCAAAGAAUAAACUGACAGACAAUGUGAAAGCUGAACCUGUCAUAUUAAGAAAUGAAACGUCUGUACCAUCUUCCUCCAUGUCUCAAAUAGGAGGAACUUCUCGCAAGCGUCCAUGUCCCCAACAAACAAGCUCAGUGUGUGGAAGAACUGAAAGUAGCACUCCUGGAAGUAGCCAACCAGUAACUGGAGAGGGAUUACCAGUUAACAAGAAAGCCAGAAUUGUGUGCAUGAUCCCUGAACAAAUUGGUGAAGAUCCCAGCAACUUGGAAAUGCUUAAAUCUUCGGCACCCAUGUUAAUUUUACAACUUCCUCAGCAUUUACUAAAAAGUGCACCACUUGUCAUGAUCCCAGAAACAGUUGGACAGUUGUUACAAGAGAGGAACAACCUGAGACAAGAAAACCAGAUUCUUCAACAACAGUUGUCACUCUUUCGACAACUUUUUAGAAACAAGGAAAGGCUUACUUCUGUUGUCAAGCGACUGGGAGUCAAGGUUGCAUAAGUGAUGUAAUUUACCAGUAUAUAUACAAUAGUGGAGCAGUAAUAGUGGAACAUACAACUAUUUCAUUAAUGUUCAGUUCAGUUACUUAUUUCUAUGAAGAAAACAGCAUAGUGUUAUGCUUGGCCUAUAUAUUAAUAUUUAAAACAUUAAUUUCACAUUUAACUAAAUUUGUUAACCAGAGCAAAUUAUAGUUGUACUGUUUGGAUGCUUUUACAGCAUAUUAAUGCUAUAUUAUUUCCACAUAUAAAGAUAAUACUAUCCAAUUGUUGAUCAGUGACUGAAAACUCAUCCUUCAUAAGGGACUGCAGUGAAGGUGACCUUUCACUAAUUAAUGACAAAGAAAAGUAGCAUUACCUUAUAAUAAUAAUGGCUCUUUCAUGGAUUAUUUCUGUGGUGGUUGCUGCUGCUCUUCUGGUGCCUUCAUGGAUUAUUUCCAUGAUGGUACCUGAUUCUCUUUUUCUAGUGCCUUCAUGGAUUAUUUCCAUGAUGGUACCUGAUUCUCUUUUUCUAGUGCCUUCAUGGAUUAUUUCCAUGAUGGUAUCUGAUAAUCUUGUGGUGCCUUCAUGAAUUAUUUCCAUGUUGGUAUCUGAUCCUCUUUCUUUGGUGCCUUCAUGGAUUUCCAUGUUGGUAUCUAAUUCUCUUUCUCUGGUGCCUUCAUGGAUUAUUUCCAUGAUGGUAUCUGAUCCUCUUUUUCUAAUGCCUUCAUGGAUUAUUUCCAUGAUGGUAUCUGAUCAUCAUCUGCUGCCUUCAUGGAUUAUUUCCAUGAUGGUAUCUGAUCCUCUUUUUCUGGUGCCUUCAUGGAUUAUUUCCAUGUUGGUACCUGAUCCUCUUUUUCUGGUGCCUUCAUUGAUUAUUUCCAUGAUGGUAUCUGAUCCUCUUUUUCUGGUGCCUUCAUGGAUUAUUUCCAUGAUGGUAUCUGAUCCUCUUUUUCUGGUGCCUUCAUUGAUUAUUUCCAUGAUGGUAUCUGAUCCUCUUUUUCUGGUGCCUUCAUUGAUUAUUUCCAAGAUGGUAUCUGAUCCUCUUCUCUUUUUGUGCCCUCAGGGUUUAUUUCCAUGUUGGUUCCUGAUUUCUUCUCUUCUGGUGCCUUCAUGGAUUAUUUCCAUGAUGGUAUCUGAUCCUCUUCUAGUGCUGUCAUGGAUUAUUUCCAUGAUGGUGUCAGAUCAUCUUCUGUAGUGCCUUCAUAGAUUAUUUUGAUGAUCAAGGUAUUGUAGUUGUGUAUCCUUGAAUUAUGCUAGGAAAAGUAAAAUUUCCUUAAA